AGCCUGUUUCAAGGGUUGCCUGGUGUUGUAUAAGGUGAAAGUGCUCUCAUACAUUUUCGUUUAUUAUAAACAAAUUUUAAUACCGGAAGCACAUUAACAAAUAUUGACUUUAUCUUAACAAGAAUCCACUGCAUUUUCUUGCACCAAUAGCGCCUAAAGGAAGUCAAUGACCUAAGACCAAUCGUUCCUUAUUCACCUAAAUACGGGCAUGACGUCAUUAGGAAGGCGCGUCACAUAUGAUUUUCUUUUCUUCUGUCAAGCUGUAGCGAAUUUGGAGUGUAGUUCCUUAUUAAAUUAUGAGCUUUCACAAGAAUUGUGGAAGGGAAAUGUUACAAAGUUAUGACGAAUAAGAUACUUUGUUUAAAGAUGAUCUAAUUCCACGGUAAAUCGCUCAACAGAAUAACAUUGUGAUAAUAUGCGACGAAAAUCCCACGGAAGAACUUUCUACAAGUGAAACAAGUGUUAUGAUAAAUUGUUAGGUAUUCUGUACAAAUUAUCGUAUAGUUGUAUAGAUUUUGUAAUCUAUAUCGUUGAAAAUGGGUCUGUUAUUUGCUAAAUUGUGGAGUCUUUUUGGAACUGAAGAGCAUAAAAUUGUGAUUGUUGGACUUGACAAUGCAGGAAAAACCACAAUUCUGUAUCAGUUCCUCAUGAACGAAGUUGUACAUACUAGCCCUACAAUAGGUUCAAAUGUUGAGGAGGUCGUUUGGCGAAAUAUACAUUUUAUAAUGUGGGAUCUUGGUGGGCAACAGUCACUUAGAGCAGCUUGGAGUACUUACUAUACCAACACGGAGUUUGUGAUAGUAGUGAUAGACUCUACAGAUAGAGAAAGACUACCUCUGAUAAGGGAAGAGCUAUAUAAAAUGCUAGCACAUGAAGAGCUAUCAAAAGCGGGAGUUUUGGUAUAUGCCAAUAAACAGGAUGUUAAAGGUUCCAUGACAGCUUCAGAGAUCUCAAAAGAGUUGGACCUGACAUCUAUCAAACAACAACAGUGGCAUAUACAGUCAUGUUGUGCACUCACUGGUGAAGGGUAAGUAGGCAUAUAAUGCAGUUGUGGCAUAAAAUAUUUUUAAUUUUUCUAAUAUCAUGUUUGUUAGAUGUGCUAGUGAAAAUUUGUGUAAACAAUUUACAAAUUUGAUUUAUUUGUCUUAUUUUUUUCUACAAAAAAUUUCUUUAGUAAAUUCUCUAUAAAACCUACGUAUUCAAGUUAUGUGAUUUAAAUUCUGAAAACCCUUGAAAAUAAUCACUGCUUAAAAAUUAUUAAAUUCUGUUAUUUUUGAGGUUGCUAGGUGUCAAAAUCAAAGUUCAUGACUUCCUCUACAAGACUCUGGCGAGUCUUUGUAUUAUUAGUCUAUUUCAAAGCAUUGUUAUUUUAUUGUUAAUAACACUGUAAGACAUGCCCAGCCCUUUGAACCUAUUUUACUUAGAAUACAUUUUCCUUGCACCGCUUGUAUACAUUUAGUUUGUUCACCUUCAAAAACAUUCACCCAGAUAUAUCUUAUCUUGUAUUCAGAUCAUUUUGUUGCUAUAAUUUCCUUUCCAUCAGCUUGAGUAUAAAAAGGCAUGGUUAACCUUGGUUUUUAUUGAAUAUUUAUAGUACUAACAAUUUAUUAUUAUUCAACCAUGAUGUACACAGUUUCAAAAUAUUUUUAAACAGUAUAUCCUGAAACUGGUUGGAGGCAUUGACUUUUUAUGGAAGUACAAAAAUGAUCAUUAACCUUCCUUUUUCCAUUUACUAUAUAUAGCUGCAUGUAGUUUCUUUGCUAUACAAGCGAUUACCCUGUUUUUUCUUCUAGUUUGUACCAGGGUUUAGAAUGGAUUGUCAGCCACCUCAAGAAAAAAUGACGAUGUAACCACAUCACCUUUAGGAGUAACUUAAUUCAUUAAGUGCAGUUUGUAAUAUACUUGAGGUAUUUAACUAUUAUGUAUAUCAAGGACCGUUUCUCACAUUGAGAAUGAAUUUGCUAUGUAAAGACAAUUCCCUUCCAAAAAUGACAGUUUAAUAUGAACUCAACGCCAAUCACUCUGUAAAAGAUGAAAUUUUUUUUGUCAUUAGUGAAAUUCCAUUUAUUGUGAUUUAAAAAAUGUGCCUCACUUAAAAUUAUUUUCAUUCAGUUCAAUUAAAAAACUGUAAAGUAUUUCACUACUAUUCUGAUCUUUUCUUGAAAAUUUUAUUAGAUACUUUCUAUUAUGUAUAAUUCAAUGGAAUUCGUCAUUUUGUUUCAUAUGAUUUGUAUAAAGCAUAAUGGUUUCUAUUGUUUACACUUCUCUCGGUUUUUGAUAUUUUUGUUCUUGUACCUAAGAUAGGUUUUAAGUUGUAUUUUAAAACGAGUUUUUGUUUAUGAAAAAGGUUAAUAAAACAUGAUACUUGUAUAUAAUUA